AUGCCCAAACGUCAAAACGAGGCGCAGGCCACCGAAUCACGCGCGCCGCGGAAGUGUGUCCAUCUAGAAGACCCCGAACGGAAGCGGAUCAUCGACUUGGCUGUUGAUCGCGCCUUGCCUCUCGUCACGGUCGCCAGCAUGCUCCAUCACCCCAUCAGCACUGUGUCCAACGUAGUGCAACGUUUCAAGGAGCGCGGAGAGUGGACGUCACAUCACGUCAAUCCCAAGGGAUGCCGUGUGCUCACAGCGGAGCAUCUCCAUUUUCUCGAGAUGGAGCUCGACAAGAACGUCAAUGUGACCAAUCAAGAGCUCCAGGACCUCCUCCUGACGACAUUUGGCAUUCAAGUGCAUCAAACAACCAUCGGGCGUGCCAUUUUACGACAGGGCUUCACGUUCAAGCGCGUGUACGAGCAGGUCAAGGUGAAAAAUUCGCCUGAAAUCAAAGCCCAACGCAAGAAAUGGGCUGAGCUCUUCGAGGCUUUCCAGACACCUGUGGAUCGCUUGUUCUACGUGGGCGAGAGUGGAUUUAAUGCGAAUCAGCAUCGAACGCGAGGUCGAUCUCGCAAGGGCGCGCGCGCAAUCGUUCAAGUUGGCAGUAUUCGUGCAGCGAAUUUCACGCUCAUUGCAGCGAUCGGAAUGAGCGGCGUUGUGUUGAAUGAGAUCCAGCUCGGAGGCGUGACUGGCCAUGUCUUUGCGGAGGCGAUGACCAAGCUGUUUGACACGCUCGAGGCAAAAAAAGCCGUCGACACCGCCGCGUCUGGCAUCGCUGUGGAUGAGCUCCCAGUGCAACAGCUUGAGCCCGACCUCCCCCUUACAAACAUGGUUGAGGACAGUGUGUCGACCAGUAAUGCAGUUCACGUGCCACUGCUGGCGUCCGGUGCAGCGUCCUCGUCCCAACCACCUGCCCCUCCCGCUGCAGUUGUGUCGUCUGCUGCGUCUGCAGCUGGCGGGUCAGCUCCUGCUUCCACCUCUGCUUCCACCUCUGCUUCCACCUCUGCUUCAACCUCUGCUUCGACGACCAGAAAGAAGCGCCGUUCUCGUCGCAGGAUUCUCGACGAUGAUGACAACGAUGAUGGCGGCGUCUACGUUCCACCACACGAAGAACUCAUUCAAGACGAGAUUGAUGAGCACAAUGACAAUACUUCCUAUUUCGUACCGAGCGAAGAGCACCCAGGUGUCAGCUUUCCGGGACAUCAUCGCUACAAAGCCUGGAUCGUGCUCGACAACGCGCGCAUUCACAAGACACCCGAAGUGCGCGAGCUUUUUGCACGCCGCGGGUAUGGGAUGCUCUUUCUGCCUCCGUACUCAUCGUUCUUGAACCCGAUCGAGUAUGUCUUCAACCAAGUGAAGGCUGCGUUCAAGCGCUCCCGGCUGGAACCGAACGAAACAAUCUCAAGUCGCAUUACCGCUGCUGUUGGUACCGUGACGGCAACGCAUUGCCAAAACACUAUCACACAUGUUCAGCUCAAGUACUUUAAUGCUUGUCACGAGAUGCACGAUGUGCUAGAUUAG